UUAUUGGAUCCGAUGGCAGACAAGCUCGCAGCUGACAAGCAUGUUCGAUACAUUCUGAUGGCAGAAAAGAAAAAAGAGAGCUUUGAGUCGGUGGUGAUGGAUCACCUGAGAAUGAAUGGUGCAUACUGGGGGUUGACCACACUCGACUUGCUCGAGAAGCUCGGUUCUGUGUCUGUAGAUGAAGUUGUGUCCUGGGUCAUGACGUGCCAGCAUGAAUCUGGUGGGUUUGCUGGAAAUACUGGACAUGAUCCGCAUAUUUUAUAUACACUCAGUGCUGUACAAAUCUUGGCUCUCUUUGACAAACUAAACAUUCUUGAUGUCGGAAAAGUAUCAAAUUUACACAAACUAGAUAUUGCUAAAUUGCAAAAUGAAGAUGGAUCCUUCUCGGGAGAUAUGUGGGGAGAAGUAGAUACAAGGUUUUCUUACAUAGCUAUAUGCUGUCUCUCGAUCUUGAAAUGCCUUGAUAAGAUCAAUGUGGAUAAGGCGGUUGAUUACAUUGUGAGCUGCAAAAACCUGGAUGGUGGUUUCGGGUGCACACCUGGAGCGGAGUCUCACGCAGGACAGAUUUUCUGUUGCGUGGGUGCUCUUGCUAUUACUGGGAGUCUCCAUCGUGUUGAUAAGGACUUACUUGGAUGGUGGUUAUGUGAAAGACAAGUCAAGUCUGGGGGUUUAAAUGGACGACCCGAGAAACAACCUGAUGUUUGCUAUUCUUGGUGGGUCUUAUCGAGCUUAAUCAUGAUCGAUAGAGUUCACUGGAUCGAUAAAGCAAAGCUUGUCAAGUUCAUCUUGGACUGUCAGGAUAUGGAGAAUGGAGGCAUUUCAGAUAGACCUGACGAUGCUGUUGAUAUCUUUCACACUUACUUUGGAGUUGCAGGGCUCUCUCUUCUCGAGUACCCUGGAGUCAAACCAAUUGAUCCUGCCUAUGCUUUGCCGGUCGAUGUCAUCAAUCGGAUUCUUUUAACCAAUUGA